UAGGCGACUUUAUCCAUCUUUGGACUUCGUAUCAACAGUGGCUGCAAGUUGUCUUUGAUUACUUGUGGCUCUGCCCACCCCAUUAGGGAUUACGGGCGUGAGUUUAUGUAUGUAUGUAUGUAUGUAUGUAGGCGACUUAGUUAUCGUACAAGACGAUAACCUGCCAGCUGGAAAAUGGCCGAUGGCGAGAGUUAUCGAAUUACAUCCCGGUAGCGACGGAUACGUUCGUGUCGUAUCGCUGAAAACAGAAAAUGGAAUUAUAAAGCGACCCGUUGUGAAACUGAGUAUAUUACCCGUAAAGUCAGCAGAACAAGAACAAACAGCAAAAGAUAAACAGGAGGAUAAAGACACAAAGGGAAGAAACUGCAGGCGUCCACCAUCGACUCUAUCUUCGAUUGUGGCGGCGCUUCUAUUUUUUAUGACAUUAGUUUCGACAUCGAGCGGGUUAAAUAACAUUACGGAGAUAAAUAACAACCAACCACUAUUUUUCGAUCCCAUAGCGAAGAUGCAACUUUUGCGAGAUCAGUGGACCCUAGUGGUGUACUACGACAUGUCUCCAUAUUGGGAUGGUACAACAGCAUUCGAAAAAUUACUGACUUACCUGGAAACGACAUGUAGUACAGCGGAAAAGAGUAACAAAUGCAACUUGAUCACCCCGCAGUUACGUCACGAGUACACUGAACUACAAUACUACAACCAGCUGCUACUGACUCAACACUUUAGCGAGCACUCCAGACAGCGGCGAGGUCUUAUCGACGGGAUAGGCUACGUUGCGAAUAGUCUGUUCGGAGUAUUGGAUCAACAUUUCGCAGAACAUUACACACGAGACAUUGAACAGAUAAGGCGUAAUGAGGCGCACUUAAAACAGUUGUGGAGUAAUCAGACAUCGAUAGUGGAAUCGGAAUAUAAUUUGGUAAAGAGAACAGAAGAUAUUAUGAUCAAACAACACAAAAUCGUAAAUAAACAUCUUAAUAGUCUAGAUAAGGCGGUGAAUACACUUCAGACGGAAAUUAAAAACAUAAACGACGAUCAAGAUUUCACUUUAACAGCAAUAUCUGCACAUGGCAUGCUACAAAACCUUAAAAGUGUGCAAAACAUGCUGAUGGACACUAUUACCGAUAUAUAUCAAGGGCAGUUUAAUUUACACCUAUUGACACCAAAACAGUUGAAAGAACAACUUAACAUUAUUUCUGGAUUGCUGACUUCGGAUAUAAUAUUACCAAUCGAUAACAUUCAACAGAAUCUUCGCAAAAUUUACAAGUUAAUGAAGACAAAGGCUAGAAUGACAGAGAAAUAUUUUAUUUUUGAGAUAAAUAUACCACUUGUCAGUCGAGACAUUUACGACUUAUACCACAUAAUCACUAUUCCAAAACUGGAUGGAAUAAACAGCCUUACAGUGACACCGAUUGCAGAAUAUGUGGGAAUUAAUCUGAAUAAAGAUAGUUAUCUUCCAGUUACGCCCGAAAAUCUACAGGAAUGCAUUCAAGAGAGUACAAUAUAUUUAUGCAAACCGCUACAUCCGAUGUACAAAUUGAAGACUGAUAGGGAUCUUUGUUCUGUAGAUAAAAAUAAUAAUUGUAAAACAAGCAUCACCGGAUGCAAAAACAAGUGGACUAGUCUAAAGAAAAUAAACACCUACUUUUACUUUUGCUGUGAGCGGUGUCAACUGCGAACAAUAUGCGGCGAUCAAGUUACGGCGCAUCAGCUGGUGCGGGCUAACAUUAUUAGCCUAGACGAUGGUUGCGUCAUAAAAACAAAUGAAUUUACGAUCUAUGGACACAAAUAUCGCCAAAGUUUGACUGACGUAAGGUACAACAUAGAGACGGUCUCAGUGGCACCGAUAAAUCAUAUCAUCAACAUUACGAUCGAUAAAGAACAAGAAGAUGAUGACGUUAACAAAACGGAGAUGGAACUUACACAGCUUUACAAGGAAAUAGGAGCCAAGCUGAACGUCAUGAAACAAAGGGAAACCUACGAACCUGAUGAUUGGGCUUCUUAUCAUAACAUACACCAUUACACAGCGAUCUACGGCAUUAUUGGAACAUUGGUGGUAGUCGGCGUGGUGGCAGCGUGGCGUCGUGUUCGUGGCAGCUGGCAUACGCCCGCGGCGGCGCCCGCGCCUGAGCCCACAGUGGUGGUCCACCACAGACCUCGAGCUGCGCCGCGAAGAACAACAGCAAAGGAUCGUGCUAGUGUACAUGUGACUGUGAGUGAUAGUGAGUGUGAAAUGAAAGAGUUUAAAAAAUACGAAGUGCAACCGAAGUUCACCAAAUUAGUUUUUAAUGAAGACUCAGUGUAAUUAAGCUACAUUACGUUUUACUAACAUUUUUAUUGUUUUUUCACCUUGUAUCAUCAACAUUACUAACAUAACAUUACUGUGGAUGCACCCCGGCUCAUUUUUGCUCCCCCGGGAAUAUGUUCGAUGUAAUCGAACACCUUAUAACACGUGCGGCCUAAUUCCGCCGAUUAACUCAUAUUCAGUGCAAUUAUCUGUAUCUUACGUA